CUGACCAAGGAAGAAACUGGUAUCCAACAUAAUGUUUGUUAGAGUGUCUUACCUGUGUCUGAUCAGUUUGGUUUUGUUCGUGGCUUUGGAGACUGUUCGUUCGGAAGAUGAAAAUAUCAGGAGUCCUGAGACCAGGGCAAUAAAUAAAAGAGGAUGGUGGAGGAAAUCACAUCGUCACUGGAGAGGACGAAAGGUGGCCUUCACUGCAUAUCUCGGUAAUCAGAAAAUAUAUCGCGCUAAGCAGGUUAUAAGGUACUCUCGUGUGACAUACAACUUAGGGAGAGCGUACAGACGGGGUAUUUUCCGCGCCCCCUCAAGCGGAGUAUACGUCUUCUUCUUCACGUCCAUGCCACAACGAGGCAAAGGAGAUGCUCUUUGGUUGGUGAAAAAUGGAAGAUUAGUAGUCGAGUCUGUGUCUGGAAGAGUAUCCUCGGCUUACAACAUGGGGAGUAAUAUGGCAAUCUUGUCCCUUAGAAGAGGCAACAAGGUUUGGGUCCAAACUUCCCCGAAAUGGAAAUCCUCAAGGAGAUACAGAUACAAGUUCUCAGCCAAUUCAUUUUCCGGCUUUCGGUUGUAUUAGUCAGUCGUCUGACAAACAGCUUUUGCAAAAUAGAUUGAAAUAUUGAUCAUUAAAAAAUAAAUCGUUUUGACACUUCA